AUGGGGCCGAAAUUCUCGCCAGAGGUGACAAUCGGUCUGGAGUGCGCUCUUCAGCUGUUCGCCGAGGCCAGACCACCCGGCAUCUACAAAGCGGAUUACUUGAAGGAGUUGUUUGAAAGGUACGGCGAUCCAGACGACUGUCCAGCUGCACCACCUCUCCCUGAUUGGUGCUUUGGUAAGCAAGACAGCUGUUGCAGCUAG